AUGGAUGACCCCAUUGGUCGUCAGAUAGGUCAUCUACUUUCAAUGGGAUUUGAGGGUACCACGAUCACACCACAAGUCAGAUCGUUGAUCGAAAAUCAUCAUAUUGGCGCAAUUGCAUUGCAAGCUAAAAAUCUGAAAAAUGCUGCUCAGGCUAUUGAGUUAAUCUUAUCGCUUCAAAAAGUGGCUUAUGAUGCUGGUCAUUCCGAGCCGCUGCUCAUUAGUCUGGACCAAGAAAAUGGAGGUGUCAAUUCCAUGUUUGACCCUGAUUUUUUCCGCCAAUUUCCAUCUGCCAUGGGACUCGCCGCCUGUCGCGCGUCUAACACAAAGUUGACCCAAAACGUCUCGUGCGCGUCUGCCAAGGAGUUGGUUUGCCUAGGCAUCAAUUGGCUCGUUGGCCCGGUGUUCGAUGUCCAUUCUGAUGAGGAGAAGCCACAGCCGAUUGGCGUCAGGUCCUUUGGUGAAGAUCCAGAGUACGUAGCAGAGCAAGCACUAGAAUCAAUGCUGGGAUACCGGGCUGGCGGAUUAUUAACAUGCACCAAACACUUCCCCGGAUAUGGGAAUUUGGACUUUCUGGGUUCAACUUCUGAUAUACCCAUAGUGUCGGGGACAUUCGAUCAAUUGCUAUCAACGUCCCUAGUUCCAUUUCAAACGGCAAUAGAUAACCGGACCGAUGCCAUGCUCGUGGGUGCCUGCGGGAUGCCAGAUGUUAAAGGAGCACAAGUACAGUAUGCUUGUUUGUCACACAGUGUGGUAACAGGUUUACUGCGACGCCGAAUGGGUUUCGACGGCGUAAUUCUGUCAGACUGUUUAGAAAUUGAGGCUUUGUAUGAGAGUGUCGGCGUUAGCCAAGCAGCAGUGAUGGCCAUCAACGCAGGUUGUGAUAUGAUUAUGCUCUGUCAAAGUCAUUCAAACCAAAUCGAGGCCAUAAAGGGUAUUCACACAGCAGUUGAAUCCGGCAUGAUAUCGAAGGAUCACAUCCGAGUUGCUGCCAACAGAGUGCGUCAGAUGAAGCUGAAGCAUUUAUCCUGGGACAAGGCAUGGAACCCAGGAGGCCUGUCCCAACUAGAUGCAUUGAAACCGGCGCACAGAGCUCUGUCGAAAGCAGCAUAUGAGGCAUCGAUUACUCUAGUCAGAGACUUUGGAAACUGCGUUCCACUACCCAAGGAAGUUGAGCCGGAUGAAGUUUUGCUACUUCUAACCCCGCUAGUGGAACCAUUCCGGCCAGAUAAGCCAGCUGAACAAGCAGCUAAUCAUCAGACAACAAGUUUGUCGCCGGGCCCGGUGAAUAUCGCCAGGCACUUCAAUCACCGUGAUAAACAAAGCUAUCUCGAAGGGGAAAGUACUUUCCACGACCUCGGUGUUGCCAUUGCAAAGAAAUGGCGAGGAAAGGUUGUCCACACUUCAUAUACGGCCAGCGGUAUCAGCCCCUUACACGAAAAAUUGGUAUCUGAAGCGGCCGCAGUCAUUUUAUUAACGGCCGAUGGAGUACGUAAUGUAUAUCAGUAUGGUUUUACCAAAUACAUUGUCAGCUUGUGCCAGAGUCAAAACCAAUUACGGCCUUUCUCGGGAAGUCUAAAGGCAAGCCCAGUUGGAAAGCCAUGUGUUGUAGUUGCUGUCAGUUCGCCCUAUGACUUCAUGAAAGACAAGCAGGUACAAACGUACAUGUGCACAUAUGAUUUGACAAAACCGCCACUGGACGCACUGGUGCGAGUUCUUUUUGGCAAGCUAAAAGCAACAGGCCUACCACCGACAGCACGGCCGCCACGGUCGCGAACGACUCUACAUAGGCAACUUUGGCUCGUUGAGAAAUUCCAGCCGGAACGCGAUGGCCAGGCGUUGCAGGAUCUGUUUGAUCAGGUCCGAUUGGCGGCGUCAAACACGUUUAGUGAUCCUGAGGCACAAUAUCCAGCAUACUGUUUUGAAGCUGCGUUCUACCUGACCAGCUAUGAACCAUUGACCAAAUCUCGGCAUUUUAUCGUGCGGAAUAGUAGCACUCAGAAAAUUUACGGGUUCUGUGCAACUCAUUAUAUCGAUUUUCUAGCCAGGGGCUGCAUCUCGGCAAUCGUUGUUUCUACGGAAUACCGAGGUAAGGGAAUAGGGUAUUCGCUUCAUCAGCAUGCAUUGAGCUUCCUGCAGCGGUUUCCUGGUAUCGAGAUGGUACAGUUUGGAUCAGAGCUUCCUGCUAUAUUCGCCGGCAUUCCCAACCGGCUUAGCGCGCACCAGCUUGGUUUGCGCGGGUGGGUAAAAAACAGGGAUUGGGAUGUAGGAAAUUGGAACCACCACGAGUUUUACGCCAUCAGGCUACUCCGCAAUUGGAAGCCCAGCACGCUGCCGGAGAAAGUUGCACUCAACCACGAGUUCAAAUAUGACUCGAUGUACGCCAAGGAUGAGGAGGAAUUAAGUCAACACUUACUCAUGGGCACCGGCUUUGGAGUUGGGUCGUCCGCUCUAAACCAUCCUAUUGUUAUCAGCGAUUUAUAUCGACGGGCUCGGGCAGAUCCGCAAGGCUGUAAGAUCGUGCUCGCGCGAAACUCUCGUAAUGGCAAGAUUAUUGGGUCAGUUAUUUUAUACCAUUCACUGUCUCAAAUAAAUAAUUUCUUUCCUGUGGACGAGAAACAAACUGGUGGGCUGGCAGCCACUGUCGUGUCGGGGACUCCAAACGCGGUCCCAGUUGUCCACGGCCUGGUGACCAAAGCGGCCACGAUCCUUAUUGAAAUGGGGUUUCUCGGUGCCCAAAUAUUCGUUGUUGGCGAUUCGGUCUUCCCUCCAAUUCUGACCAGCAUUGGAUUCCAGCGAGUGUCGGAGUUUCUCAGUAUCAGCAAGGCAGUUUCAGAGAUUACUAGAACGUGA